AUGCCUUCGCGACGCGAGCAGGAGCUUCCCGUGGAGAGCUCCUGGCGCCUGAUUGAAGGCGGCGAAAACGACAGCUUCGACACGUCUAUACUCAACGAUCUCGAAGACGACGAUGGUUUUCAAUCAACUGACCCGUCCCAACUUCCUUCGCAGUCUUUCAGCUUCGGCGCUUCCCAAGAGUCGCACCAUAGCGUUCAGGACUUUAUGAAUAAGGCGGAUGAUGAACGGGUAAUCCUCCGCUCUCCGUUCCAGCCUACCGUUCGCCACGACACCAGCCGGACCCCGGAUCCUGAGUUUUACAUGCCCUCCGUCCACAUGAGUUCCGGCUCAGGCACCAGUCCCCGAAACAGCAGCGGCCGGUCCUCGAGGACCAUCCGUCCCGGCGACGAUUCCUACCAGCUACAGGACGUGCGCCGUCGUGCGAUCCGGCAAGCGAGUGGUGAAAGUCCUGUCAAAUCUCGACGUGGGGAUCCGAGAAGGGGCCGUGGUUACUACGAAGUCCCAGUUGGACAGCCGCGGGCGGUUUCCGAGAGACUAUCUGAGAGCCUCCCGAAUGCCCUCUUCAACAUAUUGGCCUGGGUAUUCAACAUCAUCGGUAUGGCCCUUGGGUACGUCCAAAAGCCCUUGGCUCUGUGUCUGGCAGUAUGGCUCUUCUUCGGCGCAUCCAUGGUGCUUCAGAACAUGGUGACGAAGUCAAUAUCAACAUCUCUCUCCCCGCUUUGCCGCAUCCCGGGAGCUGCAUAUCUAGAUCUCCCGUUCUGCCCUUCCCCCGGGCCACUGAACGGCAAGACGCAAGAUGCCGAGUCCGCAAACGUCGAGUUUGACGACCUCAUGAACGUCCAGUCGCAGUUCGAGCAGGUCCUGGAACGCAGCGCUGAUGGCGUCUCAUUGCCCAUGGAGAUGAAGCGCUCUGAAUCAUCAAUACGCGACCUUCGCACCAUGGUGCGAUACUCGGAACUCCCGCAGCGAGAAGAGCUCGUGCACGAGUUCAACGAGUACGUUGAUACGGCGCGCCUGACGGCUGCCGACCUGCAAAAGUUCAACGUCCAUGUUGGAUCUGCCGUGGACUCGGUAAUAUCCAUCAACCGCUGGACAUCCCGAUACCUGGAUACACUGUCUACCGCGGAAAACGCCGACGUCUCUCUCGUAUCCCAAUGGACGAACUGGCUCUUUUACCCAUUUACUCCGACUGUGACGCCCUUCUCGGAGCGUACGCUGUUGGACAAGUAUAUCGAACACACGGCUCUCGUGUCAGACCGCAUUGCCGGACUCAUAGUCGAAGCGCAGGGCGUCCUCCUACUGCUCUCAAAAGCCGAGGAGAGCCUGAACCAGAUCUACGAGGUCGUCACGCGCUCCUCAAACUCGGUCAAAUCCCGCAGAGACGAGGUCCUCUGGACCAUCUGGACACUCGUCGGCGCCAACAACAAGCGCCUCCACAAUCUCAACUCGCAGCUCUCACUGCUCCGCCAGGUAGACCGCCAGCGUCUCACAGCCGUGGCGCAGAUCUCGGCCCUCAUCGUCGACCUCGAGAAGAUACAGGCUGGCCUGGGCGACCUCCGCGAUCGCGUCGCCGCCCCCGAGCUCGUCCGCGACUCGCCCACCGGCAUCCCCCUGACGGUGCACAUCGAGACGAUUGAUCGCGGCGUCGAGCGGCUGGAGGAGGCCAGGCAACGCAUCCGCGCCGCCGAAAACGAUCGAAUCCGGGAGGCGCUGGCGAGAGGCGGCACGAAAGAAGACGACAAGCUCAUCGAAGGUCGUGCCCGCUCAUGA